CUCUGGGAGAUUGUUUCCUCCACUUAAAUUGGGGUAAUGUUGACCCUAGGGUAGCUGACAGAAUGAGUUGUUAUGUGAGACAUGCUUCGAACAUUGCACAUUGUAUAUAGUGCAAUAUAAUGCAAUAAGCAUUUACUGUUACUAAGAACCCUGACCACCUUCUAGAUUCUUAAUUUAAAUAUGAUAAUGGGCAACAAAGCACUUUACAGAUAUGCUUGUGUAAGGGUUUAUUGUUACUGAAGGAAGGCAGUAGCAGUUUAUACUUAAAUGUAAUUAUUUAUUGAGCAUUUACAAACCUGGCUACGUGGUACUAAUAAUAGCUGCUGUUGAUAGAGUGCUUAGUGUGUGCCAAGUGCUGUUCUAAACAUGUUCACAUACAUUAAACUCAUUUAGUGCUUAUGCCAACCAUAUGAACAAAAUAUGAUUUUUAUCCUCACUUCACAGAUGAGGAACUGAGACAGGCACAGAGAGGUUAGGAGACUUGCCCACGGCAAUGCAGCUCGUAAGUGCUGGUGCCAGGAUUCAAGUAUGGCUGAGUGCUUGUCUUCAACCAUCCUAGAUCACCCCCUGUGGUGAAGUUCUAUUACAGUUCUUUACAUGCACAGUUCUCAAAAUAACCGUAUGUGUGUGACACCCAGCCCCUGCCAGUCCCCCAUGGCCCCGUGGAGCCGAGAGGCAGUGCUGAGUCUCUAUCGGGCUCUGUUGCGCCAGGGCCGACAGCUUCGCUACACUGAUCGAGACUUCUACUUUGCCUCCAUCCGCCGUGAAUUCCGAAAAAAUCAGAAGCUAGAGGACCCUGUGGCCCGGGAGAGGCAGCUGGAGAAGGGCCUGGUCUUUCUCAACGGCAAAUUGGGGAGGAUCAUUUAGGAUCCUCCAAGGGAAAGAGGACAAAGGUGCCUUCUGUAGACACUCCUGCUCUCUUCCGUCCCCGUCUUACAGAUGUAUUAAGAAGCCUCAG